AUGGCGAUGAACAAGAUCCGAGGCGCCUUUGCGGUGCCCCGGAAAGGCGAGACGUAUGAGUUGCGAGCUGGCCUGGUUUCCCAAUAUGCUUAUGAACGGAAGGAGUCCAUCCAGAAAACGAUCAUGGCCAUGACAUUGGGCAAGGACGUAUCCGCGCUGUUCCCGGAUGUCCUCAAAAACAUUGCCACGGGCGACUUGGAGCAGAAGAAACUGGUAUACCUUUAUCUCAUGAAUUACGCCAAAUCCCAUCCCGACCUGUGCAUUCUCGCCGUCAAUACCUUUGUGCAAGAUUCCGAAGACCCUAAUCCGCUUAUUCGUGCGCUGGCAAUUCGAACGAUGGGAUGUAUCCGGGUGGAGAAGAUGGUGGAUUACAUGGAGGAACCGCUUCGGAAAACCCUACGAGACGAGUCGCCGUAUGUCCGCAAGACCGCGGCGAUCUGUGUCGCCAAGCUGUUUGACCUGAACCCGGGAAUGUGCUUGGAGAAUGGCUUCUUGGAGAUGCUGCAGGAGAUGAUCGGUGACCCGAAUCCGAUGGUUGUGGCCAACUCGGUGACCGCAUUAUCAGAGAUUUUUCACACAGCCCCCGAGACGCAAGCCCUGCAGGUGACAUCCAAUACAUUACGGAAGAUGCUCAUGGCGUUGAAUGAAUGCACGGAGUGGGGACGGGUCACGAUCCUGUCGACCUUGGCGGAGUACCGGACGGGCGACGUUAAGGAGUCAGAGCACAUCUGCGAGCGCGUUGCGCCUCAGUUUCAGCAUGUCAACUCGAGCGUGGUUCUUGCAGCCGUCAAAACGGUGUUUUUGCACAUGAAGAAUAUCAGCCCGGAGCUAAACCAGAACUACUUCAAGAAGAUGGCCCCGCCGUUGGUGACUCUGGUAUCCUCCGCACCUGAAGUGCAAUAUGUGGCUUUGAGAAACAUCGAUCUACUGCUGCAAAAGCAGCCGGACAUCCUCAACAAGGAACUCCGCGUCUUCUUCUGCAAGUACAACGACCCGCCGUAUGUCAAGUUCCAGAAACUUGAGAUCAUGGUGCGGAUAGCAAACGACCGCAACGUGGAUCAGCUGCUGGCGGAAUUGAAGGAGUAUGCCCUCGAGGUUGAUAUGGACUUUGUGCGGCGUGCCGUCAAAGCCAUUGGUCAAGUCGCUAUCAAAAUUGAAAGUGCCAGCGAGAAGUGCGUCAACACACUGUUGGAUCUGAUCAACACCAAGGUGAACUACGUUGUCCAGGAAGCCAUCGUUGUCAUCAAAGACAUUUUCCGGAAGUACCCUGGCUAUGAGGGCAUCAUUCCCACAUUGUGCAAGUGCAUCGAUGAGUUGGAUGAGCCAAACGCCAGAGCUGCACUUAUUUGGAUCGUUGGUGAGUAUGCCGAGAAGAUCAGUAACGCGGGUGAUAUCUUGGGCGGGUUCGUGGACGGCUUCAACGAGGAGUUCUCUCAGACCCAGUUGCAGAUUCUUACUGCCGUGGUCAAACUAUUCCUCAAGCGGCCUGAGAAAGCCCAGGGCCUGGUUCAACGGGUUCUUCAGGCGGCCACCGCGGAGAACGACAACCCCGAUGUUCGGGACCGGGCGUAUAUCUACUGGCGCCUGCUCUCCAACACGAGCGACUCGAAUGCCACCAGGAACAUUGUGCUCUCAGACAAGCCUCCUAUCCUCACUACUAUCAACUCACUCCCGCCGGCGCUUCUGGACCAACUUCUCACCGAACUCUCCACCCUCUCCUCCGUAUACCACAAGCCUCCAGAGCAAUUUGUCGGUCAAGGCCGGUUCGGAGCUGAUGCUGUCCAGCGGGCAGCCAUUGAGGAACAAAUCCAGAACGCGCGCGAGAAUCCAUUGGCUGCGGCCGCAGCCGCCGCCGCCGUCAGUGGCACUGCGGCCCCUGCGCAGACGCAAAGCAAUAUCGAGAAUCUGCUGGACAUCGAUUUCGACGGCGGUGCCCCUGCAUCCGCGCAGAAAGAACCCACAAGCGGCAUGUCUGGUCUAGAAGGUCUCGCCGGCACACCUGUGCGGGUGCAGUCCCCUGCAGUCGGAAGCCCUCCACCGCAAGCAAGCAACAACUUGGACGACCUGCUGGGCGUUUUCGGAGACUCCGGAGCCGCCCAGCCCUCCUCUAGCGGCGUCAAUGGUGGCAAUGGCAAUGAUCUCUUGAACGGGUUUGCCGACCUCAACAUGUCGGGAAAUGGAGCUCCUCAGCAGAGCAAUAACCCACCCAAGAAGUCGAACGAGGACAUCCUGGGGCUCUUCUAG